AUUCAUCUAAAAAGUCUCAUUACAAUUCAAAAAAAAAAAAAGUUUUAAUUAAUUGAAUUCAAACAUAUUUUCUAGUUCAAUAAUUUCAAUGGCAUUACCAAAUUUUGAUGCUCUAAGAGACUUGCACGACUCAGCCAACGAUUUGCUUCACUCACCUAUGAUAAAACGAGAAAUCGUGCACCAAGGACAGGAGAAAUGGGUCCACGAAGUUUCAGAAACAUCGUUAAAAAUGCUCGAAGUUUGUGCCACCACGAAAGACGUUCUUUUGCUAGUCAAAGAUCAUCUCCACGACCUCAAGUCCACGUUCAGAAGAAUCAGCUUUGGCGAUAAUAACAAAUUCACUGUAUCUUUCCACUGUCAGCGAAAGAAGUUGAAGAAAGAGAUAUUGAAGCGCUUGCAUUCCUUAAAGGGAAUGAAAAGAUCGAAAUUAGCAUCGGGCUCGAGCAAAAGUUCAGACGAUAAAAAUAAUUUGAUGGUUGUUGUGAACGUCCUUAGGGAAGUGAAAGUAGCUACUAUGUCAAUAGUGGAGUCAUUGAUGUCACUUGUGUCAAUGCCAAGCCCAAAUAACAAGAAAUCUAAUAAGGGGUGUUUUUUUGAAUUAAAGUUGAUGAGAGAGAAUAGCUUUAGUUCAUGGGAAAAAUGUGAUGCCAUGACACUUCAAUGUGUGAAUAAAAGAUUAGAAGCAGUGGAAAUUGCAAUUGAAGAUAUUCUUGAAGGUGAAUUAGAGUGUAUUAUACGACGUCUUAUUAGGACUAGAGAUUCCCUUUUGAAUAUACUCACCUAUUAGACGGUGUAUAUAAGUUAAACUCUUUAAAUGACGGAGCUUGCCUGUUAUUUUAGUGGUUAGCUAGCUCAGUGUACUCCAGUUAAGAUUUCUGCUGAGCUCAUUGAAGCAAUGACUUGCAGAUUUGAUGAAUUAAGAUUCAGAUCAAACUAAUUGUAACUGAUUCCUAUUUAGUUAAUUGUAUUACUCUAAUUUUUUUAAUCUGUUCAUAUCAAUAAAAUAGCCUUCUUAUAGUAGCUUUGCAAAUUUCUAAUCAUAUGGAUUGUGAUGCUUCUCAGGUUCAUAAUAUUACUGGUUGAAUCUUGUAUGGUUUCCCCGAAAAUGGCUUUAUUUGUUAAUUCGACAUUUUAAAUCAAGAUUACACUGAUCUACAUAUGAAUCUAAGUUGCAUGCACCAAGUAAUGUUCGCUGCUGCUAGAAGGCUUCUUCAAUAUUGAAGUUUCAAAACAGUUAUCUUCGAGCUACCCAACGAGUCUAUGAAUACAUUGUCAAGUUGGAAAUACAAACAGAGAAAAGUUUUUCAAACCACUGCAAACCGGUUCACUGAAAACUGACAGCACAAAUUAAAGUUAACUAAAACAAAGCUCUUAUGAAUCAAGUCAAACAAUUCUCCACUUCAUAGGAUUUUUAUUGAACUGAAAGCACAACUGUUUGUUUUGAAAGACAUUCAACCGAGUUUU